AUGGCUGAGAGCCCAUCGAUACCCGGUGCGGCGCCAAAUGCGCCAAAGAUGAAGCCAGUUGUUCCCGUGCUUACCGUUGCGGCGGUAAGCCGCCUCUCGACAACUCCCCUGCGUCCCUCUCCUUUGCGAGAGAUGUCUCGCUCGGCACCAACGAGUGUCAUCGAAACGAUGACACAAUCAGACGAGGGCGAAGAGCCCAAAGCGGCCAGCGAUGCUGGUAUUCGAAACUCACCAACCCUUUCUACAAAGAGCAAUCUGGAGCAAGCCUCGACAGACUCUCCAGCUACACAAGGACCACUCAUAAUCAACGGGAUGGUGGUGCCAACCGGCCCUCGUGCUGAGCGAGUCGGCACCAGUGCUGAUCCGUUUGUAACGCCAACUCGAGGCAUCGAGAUUGGUUCUCCUUCUCGCCCCCGUGAUUCAGUUACUGUAGCUAGCAGUGAGUUGCAAGCCCAAAUAACACCUACACCAAGUGGCUUUACUCCGAGACCGGACCGCCUAGCAGAAGUCAUCUCGGCAGACAAUGCUCAAGCAAUCUACCCGCCACAGGCCUGCGUCUUUGUUGCGAAUUUGUCAAAUCAAUGCACAGACGAGCAGAUCCAGAAAUCUUGCGAAAGCAAGUUUGGUGCCUGGGGGCCAUGCCACGCUAAAGUUCACCGAGACAAGAACAGAAUGCCAUAUGCAUUUGUUCAAUUUCAUGAAAUCGAAGAUGCCCGCGUGGCAAUCCGUGAAUCGAAAGGAAUGAUCAUUGACGGCAGGCCAGUUCGUGCAGAGCACGCCAACGCUGAUCGGGCUGUCCUACUCACUCGCCACACCGGAGGACCCAUCACUGAUGAGGAGGCUCGUAGCCUACUCGAAAAAUAUGGUGCCAUCGCAGAGACUUGUCCAAUCUCAGUAGCCGAUCAGAAGGUUACCAAUUUGCCUGAGGGUAGAUGGGUCAAGUUCGCCUUCUUUCAGGAUUGCCAAGAUGCGAGAUUUGCAUUCAAGCACGACGAGUACUACCAACUGGUCAUGCAUCGUCCUGAAGCUCGCGCACCUGCCAAUGCUGCUAAUCGCAGCUCUCCAGCAAGUUUCCGGCCAUCUGGUCGGUUUCACAAUCGUUCGGUAUAUGGCCGUCGCUGGGUUCCAGAUGCACAAGCCGUAUUUGUUGGUGAUUUACCUUUUGACGUUGUCGAGGAUGAAAUUCGCGAAGCGCUCUCGACCUAUGGUCGCAUCCAGUGCGUAGAUAUUCUCCGCAAGGAUGUUGAAAAUGGUACCGACAUGAAGAUUUUUGCCUUCGUCGGGUUUGAUAACACUCAAUCAGUUGAAGACGCGCUAUGUGCCGAUACCUACCUCCGUGGGUACCGCAUCCGGGUCGAACGCAAAGAGUACACGAUGCGUCGUAACAUGCGUAUGGGUAUUGGACCGCACUCUCCUCGCUACUUGGAUCCCAUUCUUGUCCACCUUUACAACCAAGGACUCCAAAUGGGACUUCCCCAAGAUCAAGCGGUGCGCAUCUUGCAUCUCAACCGACGUCCUCGGGUCGCCAGUGGCUACGCGAAUCCAAUGUAUGGCUCUCCUGCCCCCGGUGAUGCUUCCUAUGACUCCUCCUUGGCCCCAUACGGCUCUUCACCAUAUCAUCCCCAACCUGGCAACACCGAGUAUCAGCAAUUCACAGGACCGCAACAAGGCAACGUUCAGUAUCAACAGCUGGCAACUCCACAGCCUGAAAACGUCGAACAUCAGGAAUCUGCGGCACCACAGGCGCCAGAACAGUACGGUCAAUUUGGCAGCACCAACCCAAUGUCCACUGCUACCUCACAGAUGAUGACUGAGAAUAACCCCUACCACGCUGACCCAAAACAACCAUCUCAGGCCAUGGCUCAGUAUGGAACUAUGCCGAUUGAGCCAAUCUUUGGGACAGGAUACUCUUACAACUAUCCAAACCAGCCACACACACCUAUGAUUCCUAUUCCUGAGGCGGCCCCAACCGAGCACCGUUUCUCUCAUGAGGUAUAUGGUCCUAAUACCUAUGCUAAUGAGGCUUACGGCCCCGGGGAUUAUGCUGGUCAGCCCAGUCAUGGUCACAGUCAUGGUUACCACUAA